AUGAUGAAAGGAUUUAAAAACAGGCUCACGAGGAAAAGUAGUAGUAGCUCCACAUCCAAAAAGAGUGAUAAACGUGAAAAGGAGUCGUCCUCUUCUGCUUCACCAUCGCUGUCUUCCGGAAAGGAGUCAUCCAAAAAAUCAGAUUCCUCAACUACCUCCAAUAGUCCACUGGGAAGGAAGGAUAAUUCAUUGAAGCUGGCCUUUUCACCCCGCUCGAACUCCGCUAGUCCCUUGUCAGUUAAAUCUGGAGCUUCUUCUGGUUCUUCUUCACAAUCACAACCACAACCUUCCCAACUGCAAUCAGCUCAAACUACUACUACUACAGAUUCUGCGGCUGGUAAUGGUUCUGGCUCUUCAUCAACCAAAACAUCUACAGGAUCAAAUUUAGCUACCAUCUCAGCACCUGAAGAUGAUAUACAGAAGCAGAAAGCUGUAAGUCAAUUUGCUGCUGCAGAUGAUUCAAUGAUCAUAGAUAGCACAGCUGGGGAAACUCCAACGUCACCUAAGAUAUCUAUAAAUGACUCUACUUCAAAUUCAACCACAUCGAUCGGAGGAGGCCCAUCACCACCAGCACCAUCAUCAUCAUCAUCUCAGGGUUCUGUUAAUCCAAUGAUGUCUGCAUCUGGAUCCAUAGCUCCCUCUCCAAUCACUCCUACGCCAUCUUCUCCAAUAACUACUACCACUAUAGCGUCAGCUACCGGGAUUGGGGGUGGAACUUCAAACUCCAGUAACUCUCAGGGUCCUUCAUCUCCCGGAAGGGGGAUUGGAUCUUCUAGUACUGACACAACUAUGGGUGAUAGCGGACUCUUUGAUCAUAUCAGAGUAAGCCACUCACUGCAACAAUACCAUCAUCCUUUAAACCCCAACAUUUCAUCACCUAACAGAGAUUCGCUCGAUAUUGAUUUGAUUGUUAGUCCAAAAAGACACAGUUCUUCUAGGUUUGAGCCUGUUACAAGUGAUAAAUAUCAGGAGAUUGUGAAAUUACCAAACUUUGAUGAAGUGAUGCCUGAGGAGCAAAUUGCCCUUUUUAUACAAAAGAUUGACCAAUGUAACAUUAUGUUUGACUUUGGUGAUCCCACAUACGACAUUCGUGGUAAAGAAAUCAAACGUAUUACCUUACAAGAAUUGAUAUAUUUCAUUCUGAACAACAGAUUCACUUAUACUGAUGAAAUGUACAAACAUGUGGUUUUGAUGUUUAAGAACAAUUUAUUCAGACCAAUUCCUCCUCCAGUAAAUCCUGUUGGUGAUCUUUUUGACCCUGAUGAAGAUGAGCCAGUUAGCGAAUUGGCUUGGCCACAUAUGCAAGCAAUCUAUGAAUUCUUUUUGAGAUUCAUUGAAUCUCCUGACUUCCAGCAUCAAAUUGCCAAGCAGUAUAUUGAUCAUGAAUUCAUUUUAAGAAUCUUAGAAUUGUUUGAUAGCGAGGACCCUCGUGAAAGAGAUUGCUUAAAAACAACGUUACAUCGGAUCUAUGGUAAAUUUUUAAGUUUACGUAGUUUUAUCAGAAAGCUGAUUAACAAUGUGUUUUUGCAAUUUGUUUAUGAAACCGAACGAUUUAAUGGUAUUGGUGAAUUGUUGGAGAUAUUGGGAUCCAUUAUUAAUGGGUUUGCCUUACCUUUGAAAGAAGAACAUAAGGUGUUUCUUGUUCGAGUGUUAUUACCAUUGCAUAAAGUUAAAUCUUUAUCAUUGUAUCACCCACAGUUGGCUUACUGUAUUGUACAGUUUUUGGAAAAAGAUCCUUCUUUAACAGAGGAUGUCAUUAUGGGCUUAUUGCGGUAUUGGCCCAAGAUCAAUAGUCCUAAAGAGGUUAUGUUCCUUAAUGAAAUUGAAGACAUAUUUGAAGUUAUGGAACCAAAUGAAUUCCUCAAGAUUCAAAUCCCACUCUUUGCUCAAUUAUCAAAAUGUAUUGCAUCUCCGCACUUUCAAGUUAGUGAAAAAGUACUUAGUUAUUGGUCAAAUGAAUACUUUUUGACUCUUAUAACUGAAAAUGCAGAAGUGGUGUUACCAAUUAUUUUUGCAAGCUUAUAUGAAUUGACUAAUGCUACUCAACCAGGUAUUGCUACUGGUGUAUUACAACAGAAACUUUUGGAUAAUCCAGAUGCACCAAUUGAUGCAAAUGGUAAUCUUGUUGAUUCAUCAUUGAUGCUCAAUGACUUAAAUGGUAGCAAUGGAGUUAAUUCCAAUGGUACCUUGGGUCAUCAUGAUAUGAGCGAAGAUGAAUACUAUGAUAGUUUUGCCAAUGCUCAUGAUCCUUCAGGUAUGAUGGGAGGUCCCAAUGGUGGAGCAGAUAUGGAUGAUUUUGGUAAUGGCAUAUUACCACAUAAUUCUGCAACCCUGAAUUGGAAUCGGUCUAUACAUUCACUAGCAUUUGGCGCAUUGAAAGUAUUCAUGGACCAUAAUCCGAUUUUGUAUGAUCAUUGCACGAUGCUUUAUCAUCAAAGUUUAGAGGAACAAAAAGUCAGAGAAGCCUCUAGACGUGAAGGAUGGAAGAGAAUCGAAGAAUAUGUUAAUGAGAUUAGAGGGAAACAAAAUUCAAAUAUAUUAUCUAAUGAAGGUGUUACUGUUUCAGAAUCCACGAACGCAACUGGAAGUGCUGAAGGUGAAGCAACAGUAACACCAUAA